AUGUUAGAUAUUAAUGCUUUCCUUGCCGACAAAGGCGGAUUCCCAGACAAAAUCAAGGAGUCUCAAAGAAAAAGAGGCGCUCCAGUUGAAAUUGUAGAUGAGAUUAUUUCUGGUUACAAAAACUGGACCACCAUCAGAUUCGACUUGGAUGCGGCUAACAAAAAGUUGAACGCGCUACAAAAACAGAUUGGACAAAAGUUCAAGGCUAAGGAAGAUGCCUCUGAGUUGUUGGCGGAAAAGGAAAAGUUGACUGCUGAAAAGAAGGAACUUACCGAAGCCGAACAAAAGGCGGACGCUGAGUUGAGAUUCAAGGUUAAUCAAGUGGGCAACAUUGUUCACGAAAGUGUUGUUGACUCUAUGGAUGAGGAGAACAACGAGUUGGUUAGAACUUGGAAACCUGAAGGUUUGAAAGAAAUUGGUGAAAUUGCUGCUGCCACAAAUGCUCCAGCCAAGUUUUCUCACCACGAAGUUCUUUUGAAGUUGGACGGUUACGAUCCAGAGAGAGGUGUCAAGAUUGUUGGUCACCGUGGUUAUUUCUUGAGAAAAUGGGGUGUUUUCUUGAACCAGGCUUUGAUCAACUACGGUUUGUCCUUCUUGUACGAGAAGGGAUACCUUCCAUUGCAAGCUCCAGUGAUGAUGAACAAAGACGUCAUGGCGAAGACUGCGCAAUUAUCCCAAUUUGACGAAGAGUUAUACAAGGUUAUGGAUGGAGAUGACGAAAAAUACUUGAUUGCCACCUCCGAGCAGCCAAUUUCCGCAUACCACUCUGGCGAAUGGUUUGAGAGCCCAGCCGAACAAUUGCCUAUUAGAUACGCUGGUUACUCUUCGUGUUUCAGAAGAGAAGCUGGUUCUCAUGGUAAGGAUGCAUGGGGUAUUUUCAGAGUGCACGCUUUCGAGAAGAUUGAGCAAUUCGUCUUGACCGAGCCAGAAAAGUCUUGGGAAGAGUUUGACAGAAUGAUUGCCAACUCUGAGGAGUUUUACCAGAGCCUCGGCUUGCCUUACAGAGUUGUCGGUAUUGUUUCUGGUGAGUUGAACAAUGCUGCUGCCAAGAAAUUUGACUUGGAGGCAUGGUUCCCUUACCAAAAGGAAUACAAGGAAUUGGUCUCUUGCUCCAACUGUACCGACUACCAAUCGCGGAACUUGGAGAUUAGAUGCGGCAUCAAGCAACAAAAUCAAAGUGAAAAGAAGUACGUGCACUGCUUGAACUCGACCUUGUCUGCUACCGAAAGAGCCUUGUGCUGUAUUUUGGAGAACUACCAAAAGGAGGAUGGUAUCGUUGUGCCAGAGGUGUUGAGAAAAUACAUUCCUGGCUCGCCUGAAUUCCUUCCAUUCGUCAAGGAAUUGCCAAAGAACAGCACUUCCAAGAAGAAGUAG